CCUGGUUGCAGUAUUGUUUACGGUAACUGAAGACUUCUUUUAGCAGAUACUUCUUCCACAUGCCAUCGGCCGAUAAACUAGUCAACUUGAGUUUUGUUUGUCGCACUUGCACCGAAGUUUGGGAAUUUGACUUCUGUGCCCUCCUGAGUUAAUCAUAGCUUGAACCUCAUUUCUUGAAAGCUUAUUCAGGCCCAUAGGCACCAUGACGGAGCUGGUGUGGCGGAAUCGAGUGGGCUUGAAACGGUCGACAGCAUCGUUGUUACUGUGGCUUUCAAUACUUGCAGCAGCAGCAGUGGAGGAAGAACGGCUGAUAGGAUGGCGGGGCGACACCUACAAUCCAAGGAGCACGAUGGAGAGCCAGGAGCCGUUUGUGUCUGUCAUCUCGUGGGAGCCCCGCGCGUUCGUCAUCCGCAACUUCCUCACGGACCAGGAGGCGACCCAUAUCGCUGACGUGGCACAGGUGCACAUGCGGCGGUCGACGGUGGUGGCGGACAAUGGGUCCAGCGUGUUGGACGACUACCGGACGUCGUACGGCACAUUCAUCAAUAGGUAUGCCACGCCGGUGGUGGCGCGGGUGGAAGACCGGGUGGCGGUGCUCACACGUGUGCCCGUGCACUACCAGGAGGACAUGCAGGUCCUGCGCUACGGCAACGGGCAGUACUACCACCGUCACACCGACAGCCUGGAGAACGACUCGCCGCGGCUGGCCACUGUGCUGCUGUACCUGUCCGACCCGGAGCUGGGCGGCGAGACGGCCUUCCCGCUGGCGGAGGCGUGGGCGCACCCGGACAUGCCCAAAGUGUUCGGGCCCUUCAGCGAGUGUGUCAAGAACAACGUGGCGUUCAAGCCGCGCAAGGGCGACGCGCUGCUGUUCUGGAGCGUCAAGCCCGACGGCAAGACGGAGGACCCGCUCAGCGAGCACGAGGGCUGCCCCGUGAUUCGCGGCGUCAAGUGGACGGCCACGGUGUGGGUGCACACCAAGCCGUUUCGGCCGGAGGAGUGGGACGACGUGGCCAAGACCUUCACACGCAAUGACCUGGAGGAAGACCCGGGCGAGUGCACGGACCGGCACAAGGAGUGCCCCAAGUGGAAGGCGGCGGGCGAGUGUGAGAAGAACCACGGAUACAUGCAGGGCGACGCGAACCAGGUGGGGUCGUGCCGGCUGUCGUGCGGCGUGUGCGAGGACUGCGAGCCCGGCGACCGCGCCUGCUACAGCCGCAACCGCGACAAGCAGGGCUACCUGGUGUACCACCCCGAGGAGCUAUUCACGCCGCGCAGCGGGGAGAGCGGCGCCAGCUUGGGCGAGGGGCUGGAGAGCGCGUUCGGCAUGGACGGCGAUGGUGGUGCGGGGUAUUGAUGACUGGGCAACGCGCGCUGGGAGCUUUGGGGCGGGCAGGCGGGGUAGGCGAUUAGUGCUGGCGGGCGGGCAGGCGUGGGGGAGGUGGCGCGUGAGCUGGCGUCUUGGUGCGUGGGUGGGUGCGAUGGGAGAGGGUAAGGGGCAGUUUGGCGUAGCGCCUUGUUGUGGUGUCUUGGUGGCGGGUAGGGGCAGUUUGCUAGGCGGCUGCUGGCAUGGACUGGGUGGCGACCAGCGAGGGACGGAGGGAGGGUGCGGAGGUGCUUCACAGGCAUCCGUGGUAGCUGACAGGGCGGAAGUAGGCGCCCUUGCUUGGUCGGACUGUCCCUUCUUGUAAUGUCGCAUUCAUAGAUAAGGCAGGCAGGGAACUGGAGUUGCACCGUGUGGACGCGUUAGCUGAGGCAGGCCUCGGCGCUGUUGCAUGUGUAUGAUUUCGCCGUACAUCACUACAU